GCUAGACUUAGUCUGAGCAAUGUGGGAAAGGGGGAGAGCAGCCGGGGUCUCUGGAGGGCUUGCUGGGCCUGAGGGAGGCUGUGAGACCGAGAUGGAAGGACCAUUCCGGCGACCUUCCUAGUCCUCUAAGCGUGCAGGAGCCCCGACGAGUGACAAGAAUUAUGGGCUUCCAAAUCCCUCCCGCCCGUUCGUUUUACAAACAUUCAGUGCGGAAUGGCUGGGUCUCUGCCCUAAAGGAAGGGUUACCAGACUGUCUAGAAGAAGAUGGGAAAUAAACCUAAACACCAUAGCGUUGUAUAUAAUAGGGACUAACAAUGAUGACAGGAACUUGGGUGGGCUGGCAGAAGAGGUGGACGACAAGGUUCUGCAUGCUGCUUUUAUCCCUUUUGGAGACAUCACCGACAUUCAGAUCCCUCUGGAUUAUGAAACAGAAAAACACCGAGGAUUUGCUUUUGUUGAGUUUGAGUUGGCAGAGGAUGCUGCAGCAGCUAUCGACAACAUGAAUGAAUCUGAGCUCUUUGGACGGACGAUUCGUGUCAAUUUAGCCAAGCCAAUGAGAAUUAAAGAGGGCUCUUCGAGGCCAGUUUGGUCAGAUGAUGACUGGUUGAAGAAGUUUUCUGGGAAGACUCUUGAGGAGAAUAAGGAAGAGGAAGGACCUGAGCCUCCCAAAGCUGAAGCCCAAGAGGGAGAGCCCGCUGCAAAAAAAGCCCGGUCAAAUCCUCAGGUGUACAUGGACAUCAAGAUUGGGAACAAGCCAGUAGGCCGCAUUCAAAUGCUCCUCCGGUCUGAUGUUGUGCCCAUGACAGCAGAGAACUUCCGCUGCCUGUGCACCCAUGAAAAGGGCUUUGGCUUCAAGGGAAGCAGCUUCCACCGCAUCAUCCCCCAGUUCAUGUGCCAGGGAGGUGAUUUCACAAACCACAACGGCACGGGGGGCAAGUCCAUCUAUGGAAAGAAGUUUGAUGAUGAAAACUUCAUCCUUAAACACACAGGAGCAGGCCUCCUCUCCAUGGCCAACUCUGGCCCGAACACCAAUGGUUCUCAGUUCUUCCUGACCUGUGAUAAGACAGAUUGGCUGGACGGCAAGCAUGUGGUAUUUGGGGAGAUUACGGAAGGCCUGGAUGUCUUGCGGCAGAUUGAGGCCCAGGGCAGCAAGGACGGGAAGCCAAAGCAGAAGGUGAUCAUUGCUGACUGUGGAGAGUACAUGUGAGCUGCGGUCUGCUCUACCUCUGUAAGACAAAGGGGAACUGCCUGGUCUCUGGGCCCUGUGAAGCAAGCUGUGUAUAGCACAAGCCUUUCCUUGGGGUCACCUGCCUUAGCAGCCACUCGUCUGCAGUGCCCAGGCCCUCUUCAGUCGUGGCUGGGCCCGAAAGCCAGCAUAGGCAGAGUACUGCCACCACCUGUCCUGAACUGUCUGUGGCUGCUAGGUGGCUUCUUUGCUAAAAUAAACUGGACUUUUUGUACCGUCGCCUCCUGCAAGGUCCCGGGAGUUUUCUGUUAGAGAUCACAACGAAGGCUAAACUGCUGGAUGGGAUGGCAUGUUUGCAAAGCUGUAAUACCUUCCCUGUGGCUUUGUUUCCUUCCUGGGGCUAAAUCUCUUACAUGCCAGGUAACAUAUCUUUAUGCCAGUGUCCUUGUCAGAUCAUGUCAGGGCAGUAGAAGUCAGAGCUGCCUGUCCCUGUUGCCUGUGCUCCUGAACCAACGCUGUCUGUCUGGUGGAGUCCUUGGUGGCUCCCACGUCUAACGUUCAGGUUUUAAAAUAGCGGGUAUAUUAUGACUCAGCCAACUCGGCCAGGUACUAGGCUUCUUUUCAGGAGACCAAAGGUUAGCAUACUACCCUUGUUUGCUGCUUGUUUCUUUGGAUUAAGUUUUAUUGAGACACUGCCAUAUCCAUUAAGUUCAAAUGCUACCUGUGGCUUCUCUCUCUCUACAGCACUAGAAGCAAAUAGUUGGUGACUGGCCAUGUAUUUAUGUGCUCUCAGAGCAUGUGUAUGUGUGUGUGAACAUAUGUACUGACUAGCGAAUUGGCUUGUGUUUGUGGUAUCUGUCUUCAAUGAGGCCCACCUACCUUCUGCCUUACUUUAUAAAUUAAAUAUUAAUCUGUUUAAAA